AUGACGGCCGCCAUGGAACCUCCACCUCCACCUCCCAGGAACGCUGAUCCUGCAACCGCAUCGACUUCAGGGAACGAAUCGCAACUUCUAACCGUCGAUGGGCAAGACUCAAAUGCUCCAGCUGAAUCGCGAAGCACGAUGGGUCCGCCAGCUCCCCGCAAGAACCCUAAUCCUACCGAAGAGGUACCUCAAUCCGAAGACAAGGUCAGUUCUGAUGCAACAAAGGAUUCUGCACAAGCCCAGAAGCAAUCUUUUGCUGUGCCCUAUACCAUUCCUGAGUGGAGUGGUCCGCCUUGCCAUAAGUUCCAGCUGGAGGUUCUUAAAGAUGGCACCAUUGUUGACCAAUUCGAUGUCUGUGAGAAGGGAGCUUACAUGUUUGGACGUGUUGAUCUCUGUGACUUUGUUCUUGAGCAUCCAACUAUCUCCCGCUUUCAUGCAGUUUUGCAGUUCAAAAGAAGUGGAGAAGCGUACCUCUAUGAUGUAGGGAGCACACAUGGUACUUUUAUUAACAAGAGUCAGGUGGAGAAAAGAGUUCAUGUUGCUUUACGCGUUGGUGAUGUCAUUCGCUUUGGCCAGUCGUCUCGAUUGUACAUUUUUCAAGGGCCACAGGACCUGAUGCCACCGGAAGCUAACCGCAAAGUCCUUACAAAUGCUCGGGCCCACCAAGAAAUGCUAGAUCGAGAAGCUUCAGUUCACCGAGCGAGAAUGGAAGCAUCUCUUGCUGAUGGUAUCUCCUGGGGCAUGGAUGAAGAUGCUAUUGAAGAAGCUGAGGAUGAUACUGAUGAAGUAACUUGGCAAAACUACAAAGGACAGCUCACAGAAAAGCAAGUAAAGACCCAUGAUAAAGUCAUAAAACGAAAUGAAAAGAUUGCGCAUAUGAAGAAAGAAAUAGACGCUAUUCGUGCCAAAGAUAUUGCUCAAGGUGGGUUGACGCAAGGUCAGCAAACACAGAUUGCUCGCAAUGAAUUAAGAAUCACUCAGCUAAUGGAGGAGCUGGAAAGCUUGGAGGAGACUUUAAAUGAAAGCAUUCGUGAAAGCCUUGGUGCUCGUUCGGGAGGGAUUUACCGUGGCAAAAAGGGAACAGAGGAGGAUGAACUAUACUCCAGUGACGAUGAUGAUUUCUAUGACCGGACAAAGAAGCCUCUAGCAAAAAAGGCUGGGGAAACUCAAUCUGUUGAGACUGCAGAUAGCUUGCUUGAUAAGCGAGAUGCCAUCAUGAAAGACAUGGAAGAGAUAAAAGACUCGAUUCUUCAAGAAAAAAACAAAAUCACAUCCGAAAGGGGUGGACAAACUGAAGCUGCAGACGAACUUGAUGCUUACAUGUCUGGACUAUCAUCUCAGCUAGUGCUUGACAAGACUCAAAAACUUGAGAAGGAGUUAGCAGGCUUUAAGUCCGAACUAGAUAGAGUCAUGUACUUACUGAAGCUUUCUGACCCUUCGGGUGAGGCUGCUAAGAAAAGAGACUUGAAGAAGACACAGGGGAAAGCAGCACCUGUUAAAACAGAUGUUUCUCCUGCCUCAACUGAAACCAACCCUACCAUGGAGGUGAGCAAACCUAGAAAGUCAGAAAAGGCAAUCAAUCGACCAGUUGCUACCAAAGAUGGCAACACUGCUCCACUCAAAGAAUCAAACACCAAAGAAGAAGCUGCUGACAAGAUUGCUGUUCAUGCGCCUGUGGAGACAGGGGCAGCAACUCCCUAUGUUGUUGUGAAACCCCAAUGGCUUGGUGCUGUGACUGACCAGAAAGUGAAAGAGACCAAGGAAGAAGUCAUCAAUGUGGAUGAACCUAAUCAGUUUGUAGACUACAAAGAUAGGCAAAAAAUCUUGCAGAAUGUUGGCAACAGUGCUUCUGAUAGUAAGUUGUCGAGUUCAGAUAUUGAAGGUGCUGCUCCUGGCCUUAUCAUAAGAAAGCGCAAGGAAACAACAGGGGAAGGUCCUAAUGAGCAGCCAUCAUCAUCAUCUCAAAUUGGACCCAAGUUCAAGGCGGAAGAUGCUGUUGCUCUAUUACUGAAACACGAAAAGGGAUACCAUUUGGAGGAUGAGGAAGCAAAACAAGAAAGCCAACUAAUUUCUGAUGCUAGCCAUGAUAUCAAAAGGCCAAAAAGAACAAUUGGCCCCCAGAAACCAUCUUUUCUUCAGGGAGACUCUGAGAAGGAGCUGUGGGUGCCACCUCAAGGACAAUCUGGUGAUGGACGAACAUCCUUGAAUGAUAGAUAUGGAUACUAA